CAUGUCUCAACACAGGUAGUCCAUGUUUAAGGACCUAGAGGAAGAAAUGGACCUUACGGGUAGAAGACUAAAACAUCUGAGCUGAGUGAGCUGUAACUUACAUCAAAAUGAGUCUCUCUGGGGAGAGAGACGAGGAGACCACUGCCUCUAAAAUGCGUCUCUCUGGGGAGAGAGAGGAGGGGACCACUGCCUCUAAAAUGAGUCUUUCUGGGGAGAGAGAGGAGGAGACCACUGCCUCUAAAAUGAGCCUCUCUGGGGAGAGAGAGGAGGAGACCACUGCCUCCAAAAUGACUCAAGACACCAGUUCUAAGAGUGUCCAGAAGCCCAGAGCAGAGUCCCCUACAACCAGCCUGCUAUCAAUGAAGAGUGAUCAGCCACCUGCUUUCAGCCAGGAACCAUUACCAGAUGACAAUAAGGAAGUGGAGAGCUUGGACAGUGAGGAUGCAUUAAAGAUCACACACAACCUUCUGGACAGAAGAAGUCAAACUCUACUGACAGUCCAACAAGACAUUAAGGCUAAACUGAAACACAAGUAUCAACACAUAUCUGAAGGAAUUGGACACCAUGGAAACCAAAGUCUGUUAAAGGACAUCUACACAGAGCUCUACAUCACAGAGGGUGGAAGUGGAGGGCUCAAUAAUGAACAUGAGGUUAGACACAUAGAGAUGGCAUCCAAGAAACAAACCACACAAGAGACACCAAUCAAAUGCAACGACAUCUUCAAGCCUUUACCUGGACAAGACAAACCUAUCAGAACUGUGCUGACAAAAGGAAUCGCUGGCAUUGGAAAAACAGUCUCUGUGCAGAAGGUCAUCCUUGACUGGGCAGAGGGAAAAGCAAAUCAGGACGUUCAUUUCAUGUUUCCUCUUCCUUUCCGUGAUCUGAACCUGAAAAAGGACCAAUACAGUCUGAUGCAACUUCUUUCCCACUACUUCCCAGAGCUGAAAGAGAUUGACAGCAUUGAAGAUGGUGAAACCAAAACUGUUUUCAUUUUUGAUGGUCUGGAUGAGUGUCGACUUCCUCUAGACUUCAAAAACAAUGAGAAGUGCUGUGAUGUCACGAAGCCAACCUCAGUGGACGUGCUGCUGACAAACCUCAUCGAGGGGAAUCUGCUUCCCUCUGCUCUCGUCUGGAUAACCUCACGGCCUGCAGCAGCCAAUCAGAUCCCUCCUGAGUGUGUUGACCAGGUGACAGAGGUACGAGGGUUCAAUGAUCCACAGAAGGAGGAGUAUUUCAGGAAGAAAAUCCCAGAUCAGAAUCUGGCCAAUGAUAUCAUCAAACACAUGAAGACAUCAAGGAGCCUCCACAUCAUGUGCCACAUGCCAGUCUUCUGUUGGAUAUCAGCCACUGUCCUUGAGAUGAUACUGAAAGAGGCAGAGAAGGAUGAAGUCCCCAAAACUCUGACCCAGAUGUACUCACACUUCAUAUUCAUCCAAAUCAUUGUGAAGAACAGGAAGUACAACAAAGCCACAGAGACAAACCCAAAGGAACUGUCUCAGUCAGACAAAGAGAUGAUCCUGAAACUGGCAAAGCUGGCUUUCCAACAGCUGCAGAAGGGCAACCUGAUCUUCUAUGAGGAGGACCUGAGAGAGUGUGGCCUUGAUGUCACAGAGGCAUCAGUGUACUCAGCAUUGUGUACAGAGAUCUUUAAAGAAGAAUCUGGGCUGUACCAAGAGAAGGUCUACAGCUUUGUGCAUCUGAGCAUUCAGGAGUUUCUAGCAGCAAUGCAUGCUUUAGAAUCAUGUCUGGACAAGAAGGAAAAUGUUUUCCCCCCCAAAGCAGUCACUAGUGAUGAUGAUGAUGAUGAUGAUGAGGAGGAGGAGGAGGAGGAGGAGGAGAUUGAUGAUAAGCAGGACGAGGAGGAGGAGAACAAGGAUGAUGAUGAUGAUGAUGAGGAGGAGGAGGAGGAGGAGGAGGAGGAGAUUGAUGAUAAGCAGGACGAGGAGGAGGAGAACAAUGACGAAGAUGAGGAUGAUGAUGACGACAAUGAUGAAGAGGAGUCAUUCCAGUUGUCUGACUUACACAGGAGAGCAGUGGACGAGGCCUUGAAGAGUGAGAAUGGACACCUGGACCUGUUCCUCCGCUUCCUUCUGGGUCUCUCACUGGAGUCCAAUCAGAAUCUGUUACGAGGCCUUCUGACACAGACAGGAUGUACGACAGAGACCAAUGAGAAAACAGUUAAGAGAACAGUUGGGUACCUUUCAGUCAAGAUCAAAAGAGAAUCCACACCAGAAAGGAUCAUCAACUUGUUCCACUGUCUGAAUGAACUUGGUGCCAACUCUCUAGUUGAAGACAUGCAGACCUCCCUGCGAUCAGGAACUCUUUCAGAAACAAAGCUAAAACCUGACCAAUGUUCAGCCCUGGCCUACCUGUUACUGAUGUCAGAGGAGGUGCUGGAGGAGUUUGACCUGAAGCCAUACAACACAUCAGAGGAAGGUUAUCAGAGGUUGCUGCCGGUAGUGAAAACCUGCAAGAGAGCACUACUGGAUCACUGUAAACUCACGUAUGAAUCCUGUGAGACUCUGACCUCAGCUCUGCAGACACCAAACUCCCCCCUGAGAGAACUGAACCUCAGCUACAAUGACCUGGAAGACAGAGGAGUGAAGCGGCUCUGUGUUGGACUAACCAGUCCACUCUGCAACAUACAGACACUAGUACUGGAUGGCUGUAAACUCACAUAUAAAUCCUGUGAGGCUCUGGCCUCAGCUCUGCAGACACCAAACUCCCCCCUGAGAGAACUGGACCUCAGCAACAAUGACCUGGAAGACAGAGGAGUGGAGCUGCUCUGUGUUGGACUAACCAGUCCACUCUGCAACAUACAGACACUAGUACUGGCUGGCUGUAAACUCACAUAUGAAUCCUGUGAGACUCUGGCCUCAGCUCUGCAGACACCAAACUCCCCCCUGAGAGAACUGGACCUCAGCUACAAUGACCUGGGAGACAUAGGAGUGGAGCUGCUCUGUGUUGGACUAACCAGUCCACUCCGCAACAUACAGACACUAGUACUGGAUCACUGUAACCUCACAUAUGAAUCCUGUGAGGCUCUGGCCUCAGCUCUGCAGACACCAAACUCCCCCCUGAGAGAACUGGACCUCAGCUACAAUGACCUGGGAGACAGAGGAGUGGAGCUGCUCUGUGUUGGCCUAACCAGUCCACUCCGCAACAUACAGACACUAGUUCUAGGUCAGUGUGGUUUGACAGAGGGUUGCUGUUCAGUUCUGGCCUCAGUCCUGAGUUCACCCAACUCACAACUGAAACAACUGGAGCUGAGAGACAAUGACCUGCAGGACUCAGGAGUUACACUGCUGUCUGCUGGACUGGAGGAUCCAGACUGUAAACUACACACACUGGGGCUGUCUGGCUGUCUGGUCACAGAGGAGGGCUGUGCUGCUCUGUCUUCAGCUCUGAGGUCAAACCCCUCCCACCUGAAAGAGCUGGACCUGAGCUACAAUCACCCAGGAGACCCUGCAGGGGGACUGCUUUCAGCUGCUCUGGUGGAUCCCACAUAUAAACUGAUGAAGCUGAAUGUGGAUCAUGGUGGAGAGUGCAGGCUCAAAUCAGGGCUGAGGAAAUAUGCCUGUCAUCUCACCCUGGACCCAAAUACAGCAAACCCAAACCUGAUACUGUCUGAGGGGAACAGGAAGGUGACAUUGGAAGAGAAGCAGCAUUAUGAAAACCAUCCAGACAGAUUUGACUAUAGUCCCCAAGUUCUCUGCAGAGAAGGCUUAUCUGGAUCUCGUUAUUACUGGGAGAUGGAGAGGGAUGGUGAAUGGGCUGACAUUGGUGUGGUGUACAAAGGAAUGAACAGGAAGGUAGAAGAGGAUGACAGUUUUAUUGGAUUCAAUAGGAAGUCCUGGUGUUUAAUCUGCUGUGAUGGCCUCUACUUAUUUCACCAUCCUGGAGUCAGCAGAACAAUCUCUGGUCCUGUUUCUAACAGAGUUGGAGUGUAUCUGGACUGGCCAGCUGGUACUUUGUCCUUCUAUAGUGUGUCCUCCUCUGGUACACUGACACACCUUUACACAGAACACACCACAUUCACUGAACCCCUCUAUCCUGGGUUUGGGGUUUGCUCCUCCUCCUCCUCAGUGACCCUGUGUCAGAUAGAUGACCAACACAUUCAGAGAGACCAUGGUGGAGAGAGUUGGAUCAAGCCUGGACCUGAGAAAUGGAUUCCUCAGAGCUGUAAGACUUGUGACCAUGUUGAGGACUCCACACACUGGAUUCAGAUUGAACCCUUGACUUCCACUGUCCAGGGAAUGACAAUGUUCAGACACAGGACACCCAAAGGGAGUUAUGAGUGCACAGUGUCUGGGCUCCGCUGGCUGUGUGAGAGAGAUGUCAUUCUGAAGUAUCACUUCAGGAACUGGGAACCCUACAGUCAACUUCUGAAAGACAUGCAGUACACACAAGGUGGUCCAUUGCUGGACAUCGCUAUGGAGUUAGGUGAACUGGAGGAAGUUCAUCUGCCACACUUUGUCUGUUUAGGGACCAACCCUUCCCUGAGGAAUGAGAUGAAGAUUCUUCAUGUAGAGGAACAUGGAGUGUCUUUAGAGGAAGUGCAUGAGGUCACCAGAUUCCAUGCUAAGAUUCUCCAUCCGAAGUUCUCACUUAUCUCUGUUAUACUGAGAUUACUGUCUUUGAACGUAGAUGUCCACUGUGACGUGGUCCUCUAUAUGGCAGUAAAAAGGUCAACAGUCAUUUCAAGGCUGUACAUGCUCCUCAGAAACUCCAGUCAGAAAGAGGCUGUUCAGGAACGGGAGAAAAAUCAGGUGUCCCAAGGAUAUUCGGAAUUGGUCCUGUCAAGUCCAUACGGGUCUUUAAAGCUGAACAGUUGGUUUGCACUCAAGAAUCCCCACUCCACUUCCAUCAAUCCAGAGAAGAUUCAGCUGUUACCUGCAGACACCACACCAAGCUGUUGUAAGAUGAUUAUAAGAAACACAGGGGUUGACAUUGAGAUGGAGUUAAUCGGUGAUGAUGAGAGGACUGUAUGGAGAGAUAUGGUACCAAUAGAUGAAUACAUCACUGAAACCCAUUCAACUAGUGCUGUGUUGGGGGCAGGGCGUAUGGCUGAGAGCAGUCUUACUGGUUCUUCAGAGCAGCAGCUGCGUUCUGUACGGACAGAGUUUGUGACACGAGUGUCAAGACCUGUCCUGGAUGGUCUGCUGGACGGACUGCUGCAUCACACAGUCAUCAACCAGGAGGAAAUGGAGUCAGUGAAGGUGAUAGCUGAGAGGGCAGAGAAGGCACGUGACAUCAUCGACAUGGUGUUGAGAAAAGGAAAUGAGUCAUGUUCCAGGAUCAUCAACCUUCUUGGGGAGCUGGACCCCUGUCUUUGGUCACAGCUCCAGACCAACAGUUGUAGUCAACCCCUGGGUGUUGGGAGACCAGGCAGAAUAGACAGGCAGGAUGGUUCAACAUGUUCUUGCUGUCUGUUGCUUUAA